AUGGACAAGAGAACUCCGAUGAAGAAGCCUCACACUUCGACGGCAGAUCUGCUCACUUGGUCGGAGAAUCCGCCGGAAUCUUCCCCCGCUACCGCCCGCUCUCACCUGCCGUCGGAUGGGAUCAGCAAAGUUGUUUUUGGAGGUCAGGUUACUGAUGAAGAAGUUGAGAGCUUGAAUAAAAGGAAACCUUGCUCUGGCUAUAAAAUGAAGGAAAUGAGUGGUAGUGGUAUUUUUAAACCAAAAGAAGAAGAUGGAGCAUUAGAGACUGAGGACGAGAGCCAAACCCCAACAAACAAAACAGGGCUGCGAAUGUAUCAGCAAGCAUUGGCUGGUGUGAGUCAUAUCUCAUUCGGUGAAGAAGAAACUGUCUCUCUCAAGAAACCUACCACUCUUCCGGAAGUUGCAAAGCAGCGGGAGCUGAGUGGGAAUCUGGAAAGCGAAUCGGAAGCCAAGUUGAGGAAACAAAUUUCUGAUGCCAAAAACAAGGAGCUCAGUGGCAACGGUAUAUUUGCUCCACCCCCUGAAAUUCAACCUCGCCCGUUGUCUGCUCGGGCAUUGGCUUUAAGAGAAAGCAUCACAUUUGGGGAACCCACAUCUCAAAAUGGUUUGGAUGGGCAGACCAACGGUGGGUCAAGUGAGCCAUCGGUGAUGAAGACAUCCAAGAAGAUUCCUGAUCAGAAAUUUUCGGAGCUUUUGGGGAACAACAUUUUUAAGGGAGACGGCGUGGGUCCCACUGCGUCAGCUGAGAAGCCUAUGAGUUCAGCCAAGCUGCGGGAGAUGAGCGGAAGCAAUAUAUUUGCCGAUGGGAAGUCAGAGUCCCGGGACUACUUUGGAGGGGUCCGCAAGCCACCGGGUGGGGAGAGCAGCAUUGCCUUGAUCUGA